GAGUGACGGUCUAGGGUCAAGUUUGAGGCGCUCCCGAUACGAACAAAUAAAAAGGAUAUUUAAACUUAUUUGUCAGAGACAGAGAGACAAAGAGAGAAAGAGAAAGACACACAAGUGUGAGAUAUAAAAGACAGAAACAGAUGGAAAGAAAGAUGUACAAAUGAACUGAAUGUCUUAAACGAUUAGAAGACCAAAAACAAUGGAAGACGAAAUGGACAAACUUAAAAACUGGGAUGAAAGACAAAGCCUAACCAGGACCAUAGCAUGCCUUGCCUAAUGUCGAGAUGAGAUACACCGUUACUCUAGUCAUCUGAGAGAAGCACAGAGUUACACUUCUGUCUUGUAUCAAAAUGCAUUCUCUUGUGACAUUCUCGAGACUUGCGACAUGACGUCAUCAGCUCUCGGAAAAUGAACAAAUGACAAGUCGGCCCUACGUCAAUCAAAACAAAUCAGAAAUGACCAGAGAAUAAUACAUGAAAAAACAGACAAACAAUCCAUUAGCUUGUUGUUUCCUACAGCCAAACAACCACAGCGACAACAAAACAACAACAAAAACCACAGCGACGUCAAAACAACAACAAAAACCACAGCGCACGUUGUGCCCAGUUGCUAGUCGAAGGACAACUCUCCGAACGAUUCUUUGAACGUUCGCUUAUCCGGAUGCCGCUGAGUGCGAACAAAGAAUUUUUUUUUUCUUUUUUGCUAUUUCUUCUCAGGACUGCUGGCACGUACUCUGCACGUGCAUAUAGCAGUGCUCAUCAAUACAGUGUUUAACAGAUGGAGGGCACGGUGUUACCCCGACCAGACGCCACGUUGAUUUGAAACUGUGAGGAAACAGAAAUCAAAAGCUUUACUCACCCCCCCCCCCUCAGACAUGCCAGGAAUGAAAUCAAUUUGCCUACCGCGUACAGCUUCCCGUCAAUGUGUCAGGGUGGAUAGAUUCCUGACUGACAUAAUCUAAGAAAGCUGUCAAAUUGUUGACAGCUGCGACGGACGUGUGAUUCUAGAGAUUAUUGUGUUAUAUGGAGAGUUGUAUGUAUGUGAAUAUGUUUACAUUUCCCAGCGAUAUGACAUGCAUACACUGAGGUCACAAAACAUUGGCAUGUGUAUCUUAUGCAGUCACAUUAAGUUCCCACGUGAAUGGUCAACGACAGCAGUGAUUCAAUAUGCCAGGAGACUGUAGUUCCAUAAAGUCGUAAAGACUGGAAAACCGUGACCAAACAGGGGCAGACCCGGUCCAUCAAAUGCCCCGUCCUCCUGUCAACCCCAGACCUGGGCUAUGGAGGAUGGGGGCCCAACUUUGUAUCAACAGAGUCUGGAAAAGUCGGUCCAUCAGCGCUGCCAUUUUUGUUGUCUGUCUAUGGGUCUGUCUCGUCAGCGUCAUUAACUUGGCUUCGAACGGUCGACCAUUAAGCUGGACCACGAAAGAUGAAACCUUUCCGUCGGUGCCAUUAGCUUUUCCCGACACGCUAGACCUCAUCACCAACUACUACAGGCCCGUGUCUCGUGUCAAACAGUCGCCCGGUCCCAACUCUCGAAUCCAGCUAAAAGCUUCCACCUACCUUACGCAGAAUGGACAGACGGAUGAGGCGAUCGAAAACGGGAUAAUAAGCGGACGCCGGAUGCAGGAGAUUAAAGCCGUCGAGAUGGAAGGAUUAGAGACUGUGUCACGGGUUCAGGAGAAGGAUCACGCGGAAAGAGACCUUGGCAACAUCUUGAUAUCGGCUGUACAAGACCAGAUCGAUGGGAAAGCUAUCACCGCGAUGGGGAUUAAACAAGAGAUCAAGACACCGAGAGAAAAUCCCAAAGAUUUGCCGUCCAAUUGGACCCAGGAGCCUGAGACGAAAUCGUCCCCGUCCAGUUUAUCUAACGUCAACGGGUUUGACCGGUCGGGGUCAGAAGACGAGCCUAAACCCGAUCGAGUCAUUUCCUCGCGUGCCAAGCACAAGCCUGUCGGCACUGAUCGUAAAACACGUUCGGCAGAGCACGGGAAGACAAACAUCUCCGAAGUAGCAGACAUGACUCUACAGCCAGACAGUAUUAUUGAACCGGCAGACAUCAGUAAACUGCAGGGAGGCAUUGGGACGCGAGGAUUAGACAAGGGAGGGAACUCACUGAGUAACCAUUUGCUUCAAAGUAUUGGAGAAAGCCAUUAUCUUCAGGGCAAUUUUUACCAUCGAGCUAGUAACGGACGGGUUGAAAUGAGAAUCGAUACGCGCUUAAACGGCACUAAGAUGUACACGCCACGUAAGAUCGAAGGGAGCACUUAUUCAUACAGUUCACGAACCCCAGAUACAGCUAGCUCGCACUCGGAAUCGCCUCAGGCGAAUUCAGACGGUGUCAAAAACACACACCGUUCGGAAGUGACGCAGCGUAAAUUCAAUCGGGAAAUCCCAGUUGCUAUGCAAAUGUUGGCCCCAAUUCGCAUCGAAGAUUUUUCGCCGCCUUUGAACGUAAUAGACAGAAAAAGAAAAUCGAUGACCAGGCAAAUAGAUUCUGGAGCUAAACACCCAACCUUGUUUUAUCCUCCUGACGAUAGAAAUGGGCAGACGGCUUCUCUUAUACAGCACAGCGCAGAAUCAAAUUCAUCUUCCUCCCAAGAAGGCGAUGUAUUAAAAUUUGCGCUAAAUGCAAACAAUCUGUCAAGGCCGGUCCUACGUGAGAUAAGGCUGUCUGCAGCCUCGUCGACAAGAAGCAAUCAGCUGUCGGUAUCGGGAACAUCCAGCAGUCAGCAGUCACACUCCAUUACAUAUUCGCUGGUGAACUUAACUUCCGGGGAGCCUAGUUCGAGAGAGAGACGUCCGGAUAAAAAGAAAUACCAACAGGGGUCGCUCCUGUUUGAUGGCUUCGAGCUGUAUUCAUACAACGUGACAGCAAGCGACAUGAUAUCACUGGAUAGAUCUAUACCAGAUACACGGCCAGAAGGAUGUAGCCAGUCCUAUGACACCAAGCAGCUCCCCAAGGCAAGUGUCAUCAUUUGUUUUCAUAACGAGGCCGUGUCUGUACUCCUCCGAACUGUCCACUCUAUUCUUGAUCGGUCACCAGCUGAAUUACUGGACAAGAUUAUUGUAGUGGACGACAACAGUACAAUAGAAGAUUUACAGUCUCAUUUAGUUGAAGAACUGGCUCAUCUGUCCAACAAAAUACUUUUGACCAGGACUUCAAAAAGAGAGGGACUCGUCCGCGCCAGAUUGUUAGGCGCGGAGCUGGCUACAUCAGACGUGAUCAUUUUCUUGGAUGCCCACUGCGAGUGUAACGUUGGAUGGCUGGAGCCUCUACUCUCUCGUCUAUACGAGAAUCCACAAAAGGUGGUAACACCCUACAUCGACACGAUCAAAGCAGAGAACUUUCAGUACAAGAAAUCCCCAGAGCGUCUAAGGGGAGGUUUCAAUUGGAGGCUAGAGUUCGGGUGGCGAUCUGCAAAUGUCGGAGCCAAGCCUGGGUCAGAAAAAGAUGCCAUUAUAACCCCAGUCAUUAGUGGCGGACUGUUUGCAAUCUGGCGUGAUUACUUCAAGUCUAUUGGCAGUUAUGACCCGGAGCUAGAUAUAUGGGGAGGUGAAAACUUCGAACUCUCAUUUAAGACAUGGAUGUGUGGAGGAAGUUUAGAAAUUAUUCCAUGUUCACGAGUAGGUCACGUGUUUCGAGCAUCUCUCCCUUACAGUUUCAGCAAGGACAGAGAAGAAGUAGUUUUGAGAAAUCUAGGUCGUGUAGCUAGCGUGUGGAUGGAUGAAUAUGCUGACACUUUUUAUGCAGCUGUGAACAUGCCAGAAAAGCUUGAUUUGGGAGACAUAUCUCCAAGAAUCCAGCUAAGAAAGAAGUUGAAAUGCCAUUCAUUUGACUGGUAUCUAAAAAACAUAUUUCCACAACUUGACUCCAUAAAUCAAGAAACCUUGCACUAUGGAAUGGUGAGAAAUCAAGGCUCUCUUAUGUGUCUAGAUGUUCUCAGCUCAACGUCUGAUUUCUACAUUGGUCUUUCUCCAUGUCAUGGAGGGAAAAAUCAGACUUUUAACCUGACAUCCAACAAGAGAUUAUCACAAGCUGAAGCCUGCAUAAAGCCAGGAAUAAAUAAACAACUUACUCUGUCUGUGUGUAAGAACAAUAUGUCUUGGGUUUAUCAGAAUGGGUUUUUAAGACUAGAUCAGACAGAAUUGUGCCUGACCUCAGUAGACAAUGAAGCUGUUCAACUUCUACCUUGUGACUUCAGCCUUGAAACCAACAUAGUUGUAUCUAAAGUCAAUCAGUCACCUGAUAGUCCAAGUCAAACUAGUGACAAUACAAUCAUGCAAACUAAUAGUUUUCAGAAAUGGACUUUUGAUUAUGCUUUUAAUUGGAAAAGAAGAAGGAGAAGAAACUGAAGCAGAUGCCUAGGUUUUUAGUCUGUAGUUUGUUUUUGUAAAUAUGUACUACAAUUUUGUGCAAAUGUUUAUUACAAUUUGUUUCAUUCAUUUUAUUUAUUUAAAUGUUUAUUUUUAAAAACAAGUGUUUUAUUCUUAGGAAUUUGAUUAUUGUGCCUUAAUUUAAUGAUCUUUUUAAUACUAAAAUCAGCAUGUUUUUUUUUUUAAUUAUAAAUAUGAUACUAGCAAAUUUUGCUCAGAAGUAAGAAAUCUAGUUUCCUUAAUCACAAAAACUACAGUUGAGUUCAUUAAUAAAUUGUAUUCCAAAACUAAAAAAAGAGUUUAGAAGAUAUUUAAUGAUUUUUAAAGUUAUUAUUUGGUACUGCAAUAACAGAUUGUUGUCAAUAGAAUUAACUGGUGAGUUACAGGAGUUCAUGAAGAAUGUAUUCUUGUAUAAAAACAAUAAAAACUUCUCUAUGCGGCUGUUAUUUUAACUUUUGUUAGACACAAUGCUCCUUUAAUGUUUUGAAUAGAAAUAAAAUGAUAGGUUGAAUUCUAAAAGAGAUGAUUAUUUGUAUAUGUUUGUACAUACUGUUGCGUACAGGAACAAUUUGUUCUUAGUAGAAUGUUAUUGUAAAAUUUAGCUAUAUGUUUUUGAUAAUACAACUUGUAUGUUAAUUGUUAAUAUGACAGUAUUCAUGACAUCUGGUUUUGUAUGGCAGACUGUGGCACACUAGAUAUUGUAUAAAUGACUAGGGAAAACAAGGUAUUGUAUGAAUGACCAGGGUAGAUAAAAAUUAUAUGAAUGACCAGGGUAGACAAAAUAUUUUAAGAAUGACUAGGGCAAACAAGGUAUUGUAUGAAUGACCAUGGUAGACAAAAUAUUGUAUGAAUGACUAGGGCAGACAAAAUAUUGUCUAAAUGACUAGGGCAGACUAAAUAUUGUAUGAAUGACAGUAGACUAAACAAUGUCUUCACACCACUUUGAAGUAUUGUCAACCUAUUAAUGCAAAAUUAGUGAGUCAAGCUGUUCAAAAUAGUGAAUGCACCAUCAGUGUGAUUUUUUUGUUCAAAUGAGAAGACUGUUUAGUUUAUUUCCUCCCUUCUUUCACACACAGACACACACAAACGAUGUCAUACUUCGUACAAAGAAACAUGCCCAUCAUUAUCAAGUCUAUUCAUUUCUUUGCAGUGACAUUUGUCAUGUUUUUUUCUAGCCAAGUUCUAUAACUCCAUCUAGGAGGAGUGAGCCUAGAUCAAAGUAUUCCUGCAAUACUUCUUCUUGUGAUACUCAGUUUAAAUGAUCUCAUUCAUUUCUAAACUAUUAUUUAUAAUUAUUAUUAUUAUUAUGUUGUUUUUUUUUCAAUAAAACAUGUCAAC